AUGGCGACCCCAAAGAAGCCGCGAACUCUCUACGAGAAAAUCUUCGCCGACCACAUCGUCGCCGAGCGAGACGACGGCACUGUCUUGCUCUACAUUGACCGGCACUUAAUCCACGAAGUCACCUCCCCGCAAGCUUUCAGCGGUUUGGCAUCUCGAUCGCUCCCUGUGCGCCAACCCGCCCUCCAGCUCGCCACAUCCGAUCAUAACGUUCCCACGACGCCACGGCCCUAUCCCGUCACGCCCGCCACCUAUCUGCGCGUCCCAGCUUCGCGCCUCCAAGUUCAGACUCUCGAGCGCAACGUCCGGGCGCACAAUAUCCCCUAUCUAGGGCUGAACUCGCGACGGCAGGGGAUCGUGCACGUGAUAGGCCCGGAGCUGGGGUUCACGCUGCCCGGCACGACCAUCGUAUGCGGGGACAGCCAUACGAGCACCCAUGGUGCGUUUGGGGCACUAGCGUGGGGCGUAGGUACGAGCGAGGUAGAGCAUGUGCUCGCAACGCAGACGGUCGUGGUGACGAGGUGGGGGAACAUGAGAGUCGAAGUCAAUGGUGCUUUAGCCGAAGGUGUAAGCUCUAAGGACCUGAUGAUGCAUAUCAUUGGGACGAUAGGCACGGCGGGUGGUACGGGGAUGGUGAUUGAGUUCGCGGGUCCAGUAAUCAGGAAAUUGAGCAUGGAGAGCCGAAUGGCGCUGUGCAACAUGUCCAUCGAAGCGGGAGCUCGAGCUGGGCUGAUCGCGCCGGAUGAAACGACUUUCGAGUACGUGAAGGGUCGACCGCUGGCACCGACUGGUGGACAGUGGGAGGAGGUGUUGAAGUACUGGGAGCAGCUCUACUCGGAUCCCGGAGCCCAUUUCGACAAGACCGUGCACAUUGAUGCCACGGCGGUGAUGCCUACAGUCACGUGGGGUACAUCUCCGGAACAAGUCGUCUCCAUCACGGGCUCGGUUCCAGCGCCAGAAGACUUCGAAGACCCGGUGAAGCAGGAGAGUUGUCGGCAGGCGCUGGGGUAUAUGGGUCUAGAAGCGGGGGCAAGAAUGACGGACAUCGCAGUCGACAAAGUCUUUAUAGGGUCAUGCACCAACGCUCGACUCGAAGACUUCCGCAUCGCCGCACGGAUACUUCGAGGAAAGCGGAUAUCGCCGAACCUCAAGCUCGCCCUUGCAGUUCCGGGGUCCGGUGCAGUGAAGAGGGCUGCAGAGCGCGAAGGAAUUGAUGCUAUUUUUAAGCAAGCUGGAUUUCAGUGGAGAGAAGCGGGGUGCAGUCUAUGCGUGGGCUUGAAUGAGGACGCGUUACUGCCGUUCGAAAGAUGUGCGAGUACGAGCAAUCGGAACUUCGAGAGCCGUCAAGGGACAGCGGGGAGGACACAUUUGGUCUCUCCUGCAGUUGCAGCUGCUACUGCGAUUCAUGGCACGUUGGCUGAUGUGCGUCUUGAAACUGGAUUGAAACCGCAAGAGGCCCCCGAAGUGAUUUACUCAUCCGAAAGCGAGGAAUACAUCGAAAGCGGGAGUGAGGGAGGCAAUCCUGAGGUUGAAAAUACUGAUCAACCUAGUGCAGCUCCGGUGGCACGAUCGGCAAAGAUAUCAGCGUACUCCACUACCGUUUGCGGUAGCGUAGCGAUAGUCGAGCGCUCAAACAUCGACACAGACGCCAUCUUCCCGAAGCAGUUUUGUACCACGAUCGAACGGAAAGGACUGGGUGAUUGCUUGUUCCACAAUCUCCGCUACCACCCCGACGGGAACCCUAAAGCCGACUUCAUCCUCAACCAAAAAAAGCAUCGUAACGCUAGUUUCCUGCUCGCCACUGGCCCAAAUUUUGGCUGUGGCAGCUCUCGGGAGCAUGCCGUCUGGGCGCUUCAAGACUUCGGGUUCCGGUGCAUCUUUGCACCUAGCUUUGCUGAUAUCUUCUACAAUAAUGCGUUCAAGAACGGGCUUCUGUUAGUGAAACCUGACGCCGCGUUGGUGGCCCGCAUUGUCCUGUCAGCUGGAUUGGGGAAAGAAAUUCAAAUUAAUCUUGCUGAUCAGGUGGUAUUGGACGAAAGUGGUGUCAAGAUAGGGGGCUUUGAGAUAGAAGAACGCCGAAAGAAAGAAUUAAUCGACGGCAUGGAUGAGAUUGCCGUCACUCUAGCGACUAUUGAGGACAUUGAGGAGUUUGAAAGGGAUAGGAAAGCAGCUAGGCCAUGGAUUGAUGAGUCGGUGCGUGAUGGGUGGAGUUCAAAGUUAGCGAAGGAGGUCAAGGGAUGGAAACACAAGGAUGCGCAGAUAAAUUCUUUAGAUUGGUAAUGAUAAUGCAGCCCCUUUUUUGGUGA